CCGUCGCUCUUUCACCGUCAUAGACGUUUCGAGCGUGUAGAAGGAGCGACACAUCUGUAAUCUCGUCGCUAACGUCGUCGCGCAAUUUCGAAAUCUCGCGUUUCGCGCGAGAUCGAACGAAUCUUCGCGCGAUCGCGCCUCGACUUCACAGAAACGAGCUUGAUAAUCGGCCGAUCGUGUCUCCCCACCGGGAACUUUCCGUCGACGUAAUUUCGGAAACGGAGGAGGAGAUUUGGCGCGAUUGUGUUGGUGACGCGCGGCUCUUCUUCGAUUUCGCCGAGCACGAAUGAAUCUUUCUAAAAGUGCGACCAUGUUCGCGUUUGUGUUCGAAUAGUGCUCGAGUCCUCGUCUAUGUUAAACUGUGAAGCGUCUCAUGUGACUGUCUCAUGUGACGUGCCUGAGACGCCUCGCGACUGUCAGUUUCUAGGUCCGCCGUGCGGGCUGGAGCGGUAAGGGGAAGUAAGGAGGCGUAGCUCUCAGAAAUCGGCCCGAUCGUGCAAAUUAUAAAGGAUAAGACUGUUGAGGUACGCGAUGGAUACGGAAAAUCGGCGAACAUUCGAUCUGAUCGACUGGAUCGUGUUCGUCGGAUUGCUGGGCAUCUCCGCGCUCGUAGGCGUCUAUCAAUGUUACGCGUCCAGGAAGAAAGCGGACGCGGUGGGAGAAUAUCUCGUGGGCGGUCAAAGGAUGUCUAUAUUUCCGAUCAGCAUGUCGCUAAUAGCAAGCUACGUGUCGGGCAUAGCGAUGCUGGGAUUGCCGGCCGAAAUGUACGUGUACGGCACGCAAUUGUGGUCCGUCGUGAUUGCGGACACCUUCGUUUCCGUGACGAUGGUGGUCGUUUACUUGCCGGUCUUCUAUGGGCUACGAAUUACGUCGUCCUAUGAGUACUUGGAGUUAAGAUUCAAUCGAGUGGUUAGACUCCUGGGCUCAGUUAUUUUCAUCAUCAAAAUGCUACUUUACAUACCGCUGGUGAUAUACGUACCGGCGCUAGCCUUCAAUCAGGCUACCGGGAUCGACCUCUACACGAUCGCCCUGCUGGUCUGCGCGGUGUGCAUCUUCUACACGACGCUGGGUGGCUUGAAGGCGGUCGUGUGGACGGAUACCAUUCAGACGGUGAUGAUGUUCGGUGCCAUUAUCGUCGUCGUCGUACUCGGCACCAACAGGGUCGGCAGCGUGGCGGAGGUGUGGAAGAGGAAUUACGAUACUGGAAGAAUUGAGUUCUUCAACAUGGAUCCGGAUCCUACGGUGAGGCAUACAUUUUGGACCGUGGUGCUUGGCAGUUAUUUAAACUGGCUAGCCACGUGCUCGGUAAAUCAAGCGAUGGUGCAGAGAUGCCUGGCGAUGCCGAAUCUGAAGAAGUCCAACGUGGCGAUUAUGAUAAUGGCCGUAGGUAUAAUCAGCAUCGUCUCGUUGUGUUGCUACACGGGGAUCGUCAUCUUCGCAGCCUUCUACGAGUGCGAUCCGGUCACGACGAAGCAAAUACGGAAACCCGAUCAGCUGUUGCCGUACUUUGUGAUGGAAUUAUCGCACGCGAUACCAGGCUUGCCAGGACUGUUCGUCUCCGGCGUGUUCAGCGCAGCGUUGAGCACAAUGUCGACCGGAUUGAAUUCCAUGUCGGGCGUGAUCUACGAAGACAUGAUCAAGCCGUGUCUCCGUAAUCCGAUCUCCAACGUCGGCGCGAGCCGCAUAAUGAAAGCCACGGUUGCGAUAAUAGGAGCCAUUUGCGUAGGCCUGGUCUUUAUGGUGGAGAAACUGAGCGGUCUGAUUCAGGCCGGCAGAAGCUUGUCGGGUAUAACCGCGGGGCCUCUACUCGGAAUGUUCACGUUGGGCAUGUUCUUCCCGAUGGCCAAUUCCACGGGAGCACUGGUCGGUGCGUUAGUCAGUCUCAACCUGGUCGCUUGGAUCUCUUUCGGCACGCAAGCUGCGAUCUCCAGCGGAUCGAUUUAUUUCCCUGUGAAACCGGUGUCGGUGGAAGGCUGUUCCGAGUCGCUGAGGAGCACCGCUGGAAAUCUCACGCUGAUCAUCGAGAACGCCGUCAGGGAACAGCCCUUCUUUCUGUACAGAAUGUCAUAUCUCUGGUACACAUGGGUGGGUUUCCUAACUACGAUUCUGAUGGGGCUGGUGGUCUCGUGGUUCACGGGCCUGUAUAAGUACAAUUGCACGGACAAGAGGCUAUUUACACCCGUUAUACACGGCUUCUUACGCUCGCAGAAUUCUCCGAAAGCGGAUGAGGCUGAACUUACGAGAACGGCGAACGACGCAAGCGACACGACGACGCAGAUCUCUUCGAAAUGCUAGCGACCGACUCGGCUCGACCGCUGACUCACAAGAUUUACGCGUACAUUCGCGGGGAUUAUUAAAUCUAAACUCGUCCACAAGUUUGCUUUCGACUAGUUUCGAUAUUUCGUAAAAUUAUUGAUAUUGCGGAGCAAGUGGCGCCGUCGUUACUUCGUUUCUUUCUGAUUUAAUCGUCCUUCGUGCAUAAUCAUCGAUUAAUCAUAAUGCAUGCAGGACAAAACUACGACAUCGAGUAUUUCCCCUUACACGCGCGCGCAAAUUAAUUAAUGUUAAAUAAACUAUCAUAUACAAACCUAGGCAGUGAGAUGCAAUGUUACCAAACGAGAUGUUCCAUCGUGCACGAUGAGCACCUCUCGCGGUUGAUUAAAUUUAAUUAGACCGACGGGAAAUAAUAUACAAUAUGACUAAAAGACGUUACUCGGGAUAUCAACCGCAUGUCUACUCGUGCAAAUGUUUAUCGUGAGGAUAAUUUCUGCCGUAGCCUGCGCUUCGCAACCUUCGCGGAUAAUAAACGUCAUAAAAUCCACUAAAGGAUUGAGAAGCAAUUAUACUUGCAAAUCCUAUAUACACACACACAAACACA